AGAGAGUGCGUUCGAAAAAAGCUGGCCUUAUUCAAGUGCGACCAGCAGCAGCAGCAGCAGUCGCAGCGGCAGGGGCAACGGCAACAGCAGGAGCAGCAGCAAUAGUGCAAGAAGUGUGUGAACACUUGUCGGUGGUGUUGUUGUUGUUGCGUGAUAGUAGUUGUUGUUGUGUGAGUAGUGCAGUCGAAUGCAAGAAGAACAACCCACUACUGAGCGUAUAGCUGCCGCCCCCACCCACCCCCCUAAUACAAACCGUGCGAGUGUGUGCCGAGAUCGCCUGUAUGUGUGACGACGAGAGCAAUGGUGGUUUAAAGCAAGAACUGUUUGUCGUCGAAGCGAUAAGUUAUGUGCCGUGUUGUUCAAUAGCGCGACAUUUGGGGCUGGUGAUACAGCCGCCGCAGCUCUACUAUCAUCGGCAACAUCAAAACAAAUUAAUACCAUUAGCACAGCUGGCUCUAGCCAGCUAGGACAGCUAGCCUUGCUUAGUCUGCCAAGCAAAUAGUCAUGUCCGAGCCCAGGAGAGUGUCGCUGCAGCCGGCGGUUGACCGAUUAGCCGAGCGAGUCGGUGAUCCAGCAGGCGGCGGCGCUGUCGGCUCGAAACCGGCCUCUUCCAAGAGAAAGAAACGCCUGACGAUGCGUUUCAACUUGGAUCUCGGCGAUCCCAACGAGGACGUCUGCCACGAGUUUAACUAUAUCGAACUCGUUCGAAAUCACAAGAGGUGCAAACCGGAACCUCCAGAAGGCGAUGAUCCUUUUGAAGAGUCAGAUGAGGACGAAGUGGCAGCGAUUGCUAGAAAAAUGGAAGAGAAAUAUGGCUCGGUGAAAGUGGCCUGGGACGAUGACGUCGAUAGAGGUCAAGGCUAUGAUGAAGACGAUUCGUUUAUCGACAAUGGAGAGGCAUAUGAUGAAGUAGUGCCGUUGGACCUGAACACAAAGCAUGGUGGAUUCUACAUUAAUUCUGGUGAGCUCGAGUUUGUUCACGCUCCACCUCUCCAGUACAUGCAUUAUCAUCAGCAGAACGAGGCCAAUAAAAACAAGGUGACGUUAGAAGACUCGCCACCCGACGAAGACUCCGAGCAAGAAAGCGAACGAGCCCGAUCGCCGAAAGAGGAAAAACAGCGGAGUCCCUUGAAGGUUAAAAGACGGCGAAAACGCAAGCGAUUAGAUUCGGAUGACUCAAAGGAUAAUCGAGAUCAAGGGUUGGGUGAAAAGGAGCGUGAGGACCGCAGGCAAAAACGAAAAGAAAAAAUGCUUAUGCUGAAGAAAAAGAUUAAGCGGAUUGAAAGUAGUUCCGAUGAAGACGCUGAUGGCGAUAGAAGUCCGGAUGACGCAGGACAAACGGAUAGAGAAAAAGCUGUCAAGGACGAAAUCAGAGACAACUUGAACCGAGUGGAUCGGGAUAAGGACAAGGAAAUGAAAGAAAAAUUGUUAGAGAGGAUGAGUGUCAAGCAGGAGCGACAACUGGAUGAUGCAAUUGAGUCUGUAGUACGAAAAGCCCGUGAACAAAACAAAAAAGAAGUUGAAGAGGAGGAACUGGAGUUACUGCGUCAGCAGGAAGAAGAAAUGGAACGCGAGGAACGCCAAAAGGAACGACGACAAAACAAGGAACGUCUCGAACGAAUCGAAAAAGAACGCCAACAACAACAGCUCACCGUACCGAAGGAUAAUAAAGAUACUAGUAACCGGGACAACAAGGAGCGGUUACUAUUACAACGGGAGAAAGACAACAAUCGAGAAGCUCGAGAUCGUAUACAAAUUCACCAAAAGGAUCGCGAACCCGAAAAGGACCGUGAACGAGAUCAACAGCGGGUCGUGUUGCAACAGCAACUUCAGUCACAACAGCAGCAACAGUCGCAGCAACAAGUCAGUAGUCAGCAGCAAUCGCAACAGCAACAACGAAUAGAUCAACCACGGGACCGAGGUGACUCAAGGGACAAGGAACGAAUGAUGAUCGAACAGAAAAUUGAUUAUUCUGCAUCAGUUGCUGGGGCGGCCAAUGAAUUCGCUCUUCAUAGGCUACCUGACGCUGCCGUCAGGUUGCCUGACCGUAUGCCACGCGAUCUUGAGAAAAUGAUCGCAGACAUUACAGCAGUGGCCAGAGAAAACCUUGGAAAGAGCAAGUUUUUCCAGGCAAACGGCGUCAAUGAAACCUUACUUCAUAUUGAUCGAAUGGCACGUCAAUCCCUUCCGUGUUCACAACGUACUCAGUUAUACGCCUAUCUGACGGCACACCUGCCUUGCAGUAAAGAAACCUUGCUCAAAAGAAUAAAAAAACUGCGAUUGGACGAAGAGGAUAUGAAAGUCAAAGAACCUAUGGCGAGAUUUAAAGCCGAAUUAAAUCAUAUGGUUGAGGAGCAACUGGAAAGGUAUCGACGCCGGUGUAAAGAGGCGGGUCAGACACCUUGUGGUGUUUCUGACUCGGAAGCCGAGGAUAACGAUGUCCGCGUUCACCGGAUAUUUGAAUGGACAGAUGCCCUAAGACGUCUUUUCCGAGAAGUCGUCUCGCUCAAGCUCAAAACGUAUGAAGUGUCCAAACUACGGGCGACAUCUGCCGAAGACUACGUCAGAAACUUUUUCGAAAUUGAUAUGAUUAUUUUGUGGCCUCGUGGCUGGAUGAAUGUCCGGACCCUGUUGCGGAUGGCUCGCGAGGAGCAACUUUUUCAGAGAGCUCGCUCUGAUUCUAUCGGUUCUGCUCCCCGGAAACUCACCCAGCUGCAAAACUUCGGGGGAGCCAAUGGCACACCUGGCGUGGAAGUUGUACCUAGCGCCCCGCACACACCAACGACGCCUCUUGGAGCUCUCCGUGCGAAUAAUUCAUACUCGUCGAUCGAAACGCCAUUAAAGGAUUCGUAUAAGGAUGCCAUGCAGCAGCUGGACGUGACACCGUCCUCGCGUUCCACUACCCCAGGAAACACUUCAGUCAUUCGUGAGAAAGGUUCGUCAGGUGCAAAUACACGGACGCCCGAAGACCCGCCUAGCGGGCUCCGAAGUCAUCCGUUAACGCCGGGAUUAGGAACUGGCACUUCGUCUGCUGCUUCUCGCGAGCAUCGUGACUCCGGCCAUUCCGUUCUUUCUGUGAUCUCUGAUUCGCCUUCCGUACUAGUGAAAGAAGAGCGGGUACCGUCACCCGCAGUGAGUCCACCAACAUCGAGCGCUAUAAACGAUCGAUGCUCUCCUAUAGGUAUUACCAGCACCCCGUUAGCGGCGUCAGCCGCAGCCCAUUCCGAUUCUGCUACAACCCCUGUUCACAUGAGUGUCAUCACCUCAUCUCCUGCCAAGCAACAACAGCCGUCACAAACGGCGUCACAACUUCUGCCACAGGUGGAGACUCCUUCGUUCGGCGAUUCAUUUGCUCCUCUCAUUGCCACGACAGCAAAUGUGACGACGACAGGCACUAACUCUGCCAACCAUGCGUCAUCGGCUACAGCCCAGACUCCUGCUCCACCAAAAAAGCAGCACUCGGCCACGCCUCUGCUAAAAGCAAACUACCAAGCGGCAUUACAGAAAAGCCCACCUUUUGGCACGUCGGGCGGCGCAUUGGCAAAUGCAUCGACAGGCGUCGGUUCAUCAACUUCUGCCGUCACGUCGCCGUCCGCGGCGCAAGCCUUUGCUCAGUUUUCGCAGAAGGUGGCCGCAGCUGCGGCGGCAGCAGCUGCAGCGGCCUCGAACGCUGGCUCUAUCAGCUACCCUUCAUCAGGCACAACCCACAAGUCGACCCAAUCGUCCACGACGAUGGCGUCAUCUGGAGCAACUCAUACGGCGGCUACGAACAACAGUAGCAGCAAUAACAGCGGACAAUACCAUCAGUCGAAAUCUGCCACGCCGACCUAUCAACAACAGCAGCACAAAUACCAGCAACAACAAUCAGGGAAUAACAGCCAACAGCAAUCGACGCCUCAGGCAGGCCACCAGGGGGCAAACAAUGGCAACAAUAGCCAUUAUGGGGGCUCAUCUCAUAACAAUUACUACAGUGGAUCAAGCGGUCAAUCUGGUGGACAGCAGCAGCAGCAGCACGGCAGUGGCAGCGGUAGUCUAGGGGGAGGCGGAGGAUCUCACAGCAACCACGCAGGUGGCGCUGGAACGCACACGAGCAAUAGUGGUCACCAGUCAACAUUACCGCGCGACAAAGAACCCCUCAUGGCAUCACAAGUGUUGGAUCGAAUAAUUACGCAGCAACUUGCCACAAACUCAUACCCGAGCAGUGGAGGCAACACGCUACACCUGUCAUCUACAGGCAGUUCGGUAACCGCAGCUGUUUUUGGAAGCGCGACCACCGGUGGUAGCGGCAGCAACUAUCCUACAACAACGUCCGGCGGCAAUUCUGUUGGAAGUUAUACAUUGGGAGGAGCUGCUUCGCUAAUGUCACCCCCGUCGCACCGUUCCUCGCACCAGCAGUCGCAGCAGUCGCAGCAGCAGCAACAUAAAUCACCCCAGUUACCGCGUGCAUCAAUGCCGUCCUCAUACAAUAUCUACGAGGCACUACAGCAGCCUCAUAAGAAUACAAGCUCUUCAGCUAACAACAGAAGCUCCAACAGCAGCAGCGGCACUAACUGUUCAUCACAGCAACAAGGGAUGCAGGUGCAGCAGCAGCAGAGAAGCUCAUCUAAUUUGGAGGGUAUGAAGUCCUUCCCGUCGUCGAUGACUUCUCAUUCCCAAGCGGCUUCUCCCGCGACAACGAUCCCUUCAUAUUACACAUCAUCAGCAGCAGCAGCAGCCUCGGCUGCAGUAGCGACGUCCGUUUAUCAGAACUCAACUCACCAGCAGUCUACGUCACAACAAUCACAACAACUGCAGCGUCAGGCGGCAUUGAAUUCAUCCGUGCCACAGGUCGCCCACCCCACUCCGGUGUCACAAUCGGGCCGCUAUUCGUGGGGUUCUCAAACAAUGUACUCAACUCAGCAACAGCAACAACAGCGCCACAUGUAUCAGGAUCAGCAGGAAAAGAUUCUGUAUCAGCAGUAUACCUCUCAGCAGGGGCAGGAUAACACAUCACAGUUGCACCACAACCGGCAGCAUCAUUAAAUAUCAUCAAACAGCAUUAUAAUAAAAUUUGAACAGUGCUUCUAAAUGGGCUAUUUGGAACCAUCACCGCAGCGCUGAUAAGGCCAUGAUCUAAAAGCAGGCAUGACCGAAGGUGGUGUUUUAAACCAAAAUGGAAGUUUGAGUUAAGGAUACGCAUGUAUCGUGAAAGGCACUUAUAGAAUAAGACCGACAUUUUCGUAGACGACAAAUAAAAAUGAAGCUGUUUUUUUGAUAAUAAAGCGUGUUGGAGCUGAUUAAAAAUGACGCAGCUACUUGGAUAAAAAAACAGGUUUAUGUUCUCUACUUAUUGAUUCUAUAAGGUCCCUAUAAGUACAAGAACACCCGUACAGAUAUUACAAAUUCGAAUUCAGAAAACAGAAAUGAUUGAGAGGAUGAUCUAUUACAUUUACUUGGAAGCCAUGAUACCUAUAGAUUAUAUAUUAGGUAGCUGAAGAAAGGCUAUCACCUGUGUAAUCAUAGCCAAACUGUUUCAUACUACUUGUCGUGUUCAAUGUAUAUAUCAAUAUAAAUAUAUAGAUAUCAAAUGGAAAAACAUCUUAUUCAUGUGACGAAACAAGUGUGUCCGAAUGCGCGCGUAUGAACCGCGGGGGCGGUUGGCGGCAACACCUAGUAAUAUUGUGGACAAAUCCGGGUUAUCUCUCCAUGAAUUAAUUCAUUGCUUUAUUCAUUCAUUUGUCAUAUCACCCAGUUUUAAGAAGCUGCAUAUUCAAGCAACUAAACCCACUAAUAGCUAUGAGAGCUCAGCAACAACUAUGGCCGUUCUAAACAAUGAUAGAACAGCCACUGGAUCUGACGAUUUAAACUUCCGACAAAUACUUGAUAAAGGUGGAAGAGAUCAAGGAAAGCUUACAUAAAAAAAAUAACGUUAUUAGAGCAUAGCAAAGAGUAUUCGAGUGUACAUGCACCAAAAAAGUGUCGAUAACUCCGUCAGUGGCCAGUGGUAAAUCGUCGUCACUUUCGACGUUGCCACCAUCCCACACAGUAUUUUUGCAUUGAUUUAGUAAAUGUAUAAAUUAUUUAAUAAUAAGAAGACAU